CCGAAUCUACCAAAUAAUGUUACACCUAAACUAUUCUACUCAAAUCACGUUGAGCUGCCAAAUUUAGAAUUUCAACUCGCUCUCAAUAGAAACAUGAAUGGCACAGUCAUUUAUGCAGCUUUUGACGAUGGUGAUAUAAAUAAUAGCGCGAAAGUUUUGGAAUUCAUACCUUAUAAAUCACUAACUUCAAAGGACGACCGACAUGCCUGCCUCGAAAAAUCAGGAUGUGAAAUAAUCAUAUCUGAAUGGCAUAAAAGCAAACAUAAAUAUUACGAAAAACAGAUUAUAGAAUAUAAUUCAAAUGACGCUGUCAACGUUUCAAUAACAUUGAAAAAAGAACCGCGGGAUGUUUCGAAAAGAUUUCUACGUCAAACAGGAAUAAACGUGCUGGAAAAUGGCAACUCAACAAUGCAUUACAAAAAAGUUCUGACCCCAGAAUUGGACAACAUGAAUCUUUAUGUGGAAGCAAGUAACAUGCUUAACAAUUCUUGUUAUAGAAUAACAGCAAUAACGUAUAAAUAUGUAGAUCGUCAAAUAAUACCCAAUGAAUCAAGACAUGCUUGCCUUAGUUCUUGCGAAAUAAUAAUUAAUGUGGAUCAAGAUGACAUAUAUUGUAAUGGCACUAUUAGAAAGAACACUACCAACAAGAAAGACCCAGCCAGUGAGGAUAUAGCCAAAAAAGUUUUUGGCAGAAAUGAUACAGGCGGAGUUUACUGGAUACCCAGCUAUGUUUCACAAAAUCAAAUAAUAUACCCGCAACUUCAUUUUGACCGUCAAAAGUUUGAACUACCUAAAACAACUAAUACUACAAUUUAUUCCCGUGUUAUUGGUAUAUUGAAACAGAAAUAAAUUAAUUCCUUACAAA